UUCAAAAACGCGCUGCCAUUUUACCUCUUUUGUAUUUCAUUCUCUGUUUAGUGCUCUCCAUUUGAACAAAGUUGUAUUAGAAUCUGAAAAUAAUCCAAAAUUUCACCUCCAUUGCUGAGAUAAAAGUUCAACUAGAUGUCAUUUUCGGAUUCAGAUUCGUCCUCCCAUGGCGGAGAGUACAAGACUUUCCGGCAAGUCAGUCGCGAUCGGCUGUUGUAUGAGAUGCUUCAAUCUUCCAAAGCAGGAGAUUCAAGAUCGUUGUGGAAGGUACUUAUCAUGGAUAAAGUCACAGUGAAAGUGAUGUCUCACUCCUGCAAAAUGGCAGAUAUAACAGACCAAGGAAUUUCAUUGGUGGAAGAUCUUUUCAGAAGAAGACAACCUUUGCCAUCAAUGGAUGCCAUAUACUUCAUUCAACCUUCCAAGGAGAAUGUCAUUAUGUUCUUGUCAGACAUGUCAGGAAGAGAGCCCUUAUACAAGAAAGCAUAUGUAUACUUCAGUUCAUCUGUGCCAAAGGAUCUUGUUGCUCGAAUCAAGAAUGAUACUAGUGUGUUACCACGUAUUGGUGCAUUAAGAGAGAUGAAUUUGGAGUACUUCUCUAUCGACAGUCAGGCUUUUAUUACCGAUCAUGAAAGAGCACUAGAAGAACUCUUUGGUAAAGAGGCUGGAAGUUCUCACAGAUUUGAUGCAUGCUUGAAUGUAAUGGCUACUAGAAUUGCUACUGUUUUUGCUUCAUUAAAGGAAUUUCCUUUUGUGAGAUAUCGAGCUGCCAAGGUACUUGAUGAUGCAUCAACGAUGACAACCUCCCGUGAAUUAGUUCCCACAAAGCUUGCUGCUGCUAUUUGGAACAACAUUACAACGUAUAAAUCAGCCAUUCCUAACUUUCCACAAACGGAAACAUGUGAAUUACUAAUAGUGGAUAGAUCAAUAGAUCAGAUUGCUCCAAUUAUUCACGAAUGGACCUAUGAUGCUAUGUGUCAUGAUAUGCUUGAUUUGGAGGGAAACAAAUAUGUGCACGAGAUUCCUAGCAAAUCAGGUGGUGAGCCGGAGAAAAAGGAAGUCCUUUUAGAAGAUAAUGACCCUGUCUGGCUUGAACUCAGACAUGCUCAUAUAGCAGAGGCUAGUGAAAAGUUGAGCGAGAAGAUGACAAAUUUUGUUUCAAAGAACAAAGCAGCACAAUUGCAGCAGAGAGAUGGUAGUGAAUUGUCCACAAGAGACCUGCAGAAAAUGGUUCAAGCUUUACCACAAUACAAUGAACAAAUGGAGAAACUCUCUCUUCAUGUUGAGAUUGCUGGAAAACUGAAUGCAAUCAUCAGAGAUGUGGGUCUUCGAGAACUUGGACAACUUGAGCAAGAUCUUGUAUUUGGAGAUGCAGGAACAAAGGAAGUCAUCAAUUAUCUGAGAAUGAAGCAGAAUGGGAUGUGCGAGAAUAAGUUACGGCUUUUGAUGAUAUAUGCUUCUGUCUAUCCAGAAAAAUUUGAGGGUGACAAAGCAACCAAACUAAUGCAGUUGGCAAAAUUAUCAAGCGAAGACAUGAAGGCAGUGAAAAAUAUGAAAUUGCUCGAGGGAUCAAAUUCAAGGAAGACUUCACAUGGGACUUUUUCACUUAAGUUUGAUUCAGCAAAGAGGAAGAAUGCAGCAAGAAAGGAUCGAACUGGAGAGGAAGAAGAAACAUGGGCGCUAUCUCGGUUUUAUCCUAUGAUAGAGGAGUUAAUAGAGAAGUUGAAUAAAGGUGAACUGCCAAAAGAAGAUUAUCAAAGCAUGAAUAAUCCUAGUCCUUCCAGCGGGCCACCACAGGGUGGAUCAGUGAGAUCAGGUCGAACUAGUGUGCCCUCUCAGGGUGGAUCAGUGAGAUCAAGACGAACUGCAACAUGGGCACGAUCUCGAGCAUCUGAUGAUGGAUAUUCAAGUGAUUCAGUUUUGAGGAAUGUAUCUAAUGAUUUUAAGAAGAUGGGAAAGCGCAUUUUUAUAUUCAUAAUUGGUGGGGCAACUAGAUCUGAGUUAAGGGUUUGUCACAAGCUAACAGCAAAAUUGAGGAGGGAAAUAGUCCUUGGUUCAACUAGUAUUGAUGAUCCACCUCAAUACAUCACGAAACUUAAGCUCUUGUCAGAAAAGGAGCUUUCUGCUGAUGGCCUCGGAAUCUAGAAGUUGAUUUUCAUCACAUUAUACUUAGUUUUGCCCAAAACCAGCAGGGUGGAAUAUAUACAUAUCUGGAACAGCAAAAUGGGAGUUUCAUGGUUGGUUUCUGACUGUAUAAUGGGUGAAACAUGAUUCUUUAGGGGAAGAUGAAGAUCUUCAGGCAACUUAUUGAAGUCCUGUACAUCCUGGCUGUGGAGAGUUAAGAAAUUGUUGAUAGUUAAUGACCAUUUUAUCCUGGACAAAGUGCAAGUUUUCAUUCAUAAUGUAACAUAGAUUAAGAUAAUUUUCUUUUUUUUUUUUUUUUUUCCUUUUUUUUUUUUUUUUUUUUUCCUUUUUUUGAGAUCAAAUAUAUAUUUUGUUGUUUCUGAGUUAUCAAGCAACUAGGAGGCGGUAUUUUAUGAUCAAUUUAAUUUUAGGAGCAAUCCUGUUCUAUCUGGAAGAGGAAACAGGAAAGUCUCCAAUAAUUUUUUAAUCCAAAUUUUAUUAUUGAAUUUAUGGACAAUGAUUUAUCAAGUUUUUUAUCUGAAAUUUGAGAUAUAGAAGAGAAAAAGGAGAAAAUGUUGUGCUGGUUUUCUUGCGCAUAGUAUGUCCUUGCGCAGUUGUGCAUAAAAGGAGCUUUUGCUGUUGAUUUGCUAGGAACUUGUUGGUUGUCGGUUGAUCAAACAAGGGCCAGGGUUUUCAAGGUUGUGAAAUAUUAGGAAA